UCCGCUCAACGUUGCGUCUUGGAUGGGGGGAGGAGGAGGAGAGCAGAUACUAGCAGAGGUGCUCGGGAGGGCAGUAAUCCAGUCAUGUGAACGUCAGGCAGAAAUAAAACGACUUAUUGUCAUUCCACGUCACCUUCUCCCUUGCUGGAAACGUCAUUGGAAUACGCCAGAUAAGAAGCUUUACCGGAGGUGUCAGACUUUCCUUGUAUACAGCGUCCCCAUCUGCGUGACCGAGUGAGGAAGCCCACCAUGACGGACAGCAUUAUGAGUAAAGCAGCCACUAUGGAGAUUCCCAUCAACAGCAAUGGGGAUACUGGGAGCCUGCCUGAGGAUGCUAGCCUGGAGCGGGACCUCCAGCAGGUGAUGGUGUCGGGGCCCAAUCUCAAUGAGACCAGCAUCGUGUCGGGGGGGUACGGCGGGACGGCUGACGCCAUCAUACCCACCAGUACUAUUAAAGAUCUGCGUAUGAAGGCCAGGGGGGUACACAUGCCCUCCAGCCAGUCUGCAGCCAGUCGGCUUGCCUUCCAGGCAGAGUGUUCAGGGCAUGGCUUACACCCCAGCGGCAGCAGCCCCUGCAUGAUGGCAGAGGAGGCCCCACGUGGGGUGGCUGUGGAGAAGUUCGACAUCAUGAAGAGAUGGGGCAUCAACACGUACAAGUGCACCCGACAGAUGAUCUCGGAGCGGUUUGGUCGGGGCCAGCGCACGGUGGACCUGGAGCUGGAGGCCCAGAUCGACGUGCUGCGCGACACGCGUCAAAAAUACGAGCAGGUGCUGCGGCUGGCGCGGGAGCUGAGCGCGCACCUCUACAGCUUGCUGCAGACGCAGCACGCCCUGGGCGACACCUUUGCCGACCUCAGCCAGAAGUCCCCCGAGCUGCAGGACGAGUUUGGCUACAACGCGGAGACGCAGAGGCUGCUGUGCAAAAAUGGGGAGAUCUUGCUGGGCGCAAUCAACUUCUUCAUUUCCGGAAUCAACACCUUGGUCAACAAGACCAUGGAGGACACCCUCAUGACCAUCAAGAUGUAUGAGAACGCAAGGCUGGAGUUUGAUGCCUACCGCGCGGACCUGGAGGAGCUGAACGCAGGCCCCCGGGACGCCGUGGCGCUGGCCCGCAUGGAAACAGCGCAGCAACAAUUCCAGCUCCAAAGGGAGAAGUAUGAGAGGCUCCGGAGCGACGUCACCAUCAAGCUGAAGUUCCUGGAAGAGAACAAGGUGAAAGUGAUGCACAAACAGCUGGUCCUCUUCCAUAAUGCCAUCUCGGCCUACUUCGCCGGCAACCAGCAGCAGCUGGAACAGACCCUGAAGCAGUUCAACGUGAAGCUGCAGCCGGCGGGGGCAGGAAGGCCCUCCUGGCUGGAGGAGCAGUGACAGGCCAGCAGUGGGGGCAGGGGGGAGGUCCCGCGAAGGACCAGACAGGCCAAGGGACGUGCACGCAAACCUGCGAGUGGAGGGCGGGUGGGCACAGGAGAGAACCGCGUGCAGCAGGACCAGGAGCAGCAGAAGGGGAAGGCCGUCGUCAUGGAGACACUUGAAGAGGGCGGGGCUCAUUGUUUUAAUCAUUAUUUCUUACACCUUUUACAGACAUGCUCCAGAACAUUUUCUACAUUUACCAUUCUGUAGUCAAAAAAAAGAACACUUAGAGAGCAUAACAUGUUAGACCGGUAAGGAAUCCCAUGUCCCUACAACAUUUCUCACAGACAUUAUUAUUUAUUUUUUAUUUGGUUGUCUAUAGACAGUCAUAACAGGAAUAAAGAUAUGAUUACUGGCAUGAUAUAAAUACGAACGUUGAUCCUGUCUCAUGGAAGACUGCUCUGAUUCACCAUGUCAAAGGUAUGAAAACAGAAGCGAUACCAGUGCACAUCACUGAAACCAAGAAACACUAUACAUUUUAUUAAUGACUAUUUCUUCUGUUUAGUUGAUUUGACCUGGUAAGUUGUACAGGGAAAAGGAAGUGUGUGCUUUUCCACUUGACAGCUAGUGAUGUUCUAUUUAUGUUUCAGUAUUUGAAUCCAAGUGCUAUUUUAUUGGUCAGAAAUUAGUAUGUGGUCAAAGUCCUAGUUUUUGAUUGGUCAUCACUGGUUAAUCAGUCCAGUUCUAGAUAUAUUUUUAAGAAACCAAAUGCGUUGCUAUUUCAGGUUAAUGGUUUCACAGAAAAUGAAUUGUUUCCAGCAUAGAUAGAUGAUGACAGAACAUGUGUUUUGUCGGAGUCCCGCAGCAGAUGAAUCGACCAUUUGGUGUCUUCUGGACAUGUUUUGAUUGUGACAUCUGCUAUUUGCGAUGAAGAAACUUUACUCCGGUACAUAGCGACACACACUUAAGCACAGUGAACUUCAUCUGAAGCUUCAGCCUGUUGCUAUGGACGUGUGUACCGGGUUCAUCGAAAGGGAACGAAUAUCAGCAAAGAUUGACCACGGUCCAAAGAUCAGGAACUAGUAGCACCUGUAGAAUUUCACUGUCCAUUUGCAUGAAGACGUACUUUUUUCAAUGGUGAAAAUUGAUUUUAAAAAAUCAAGUAAUGGGCAGCAGACCGGACUUUCCUUUGUGAAGAUGAUCUGCCUUGUGUGAUUGCAUUUUGAAGAGUCUAGACUGUGUCUAGUAACCUUUUUUGCACAAAUAAAAGUAGAAACGUGCACCCUUAUCGAAAACAUUGAUAUUUGUAACGUGAUUUUUUUUGCCUUUGUUUGUGAAGUAUGCGCACUUUCUGUAUCUCAUUCGCUAUCUGUUUGUUACACAUUGCUUUGUUUUCAGGUGGAGGUCAUGGGUGUGGCAGGCAUUAUGUGGCCCACAGCUCUACGCUAACUGGUGUCUUAUCCAGGUCAAUGUCCUCCAAUUUAUUUACUAAUGAAGAAUACUAUAUACAGCAGGCACGAGAUUAGUAAGUAAACCUAUCACUGUACCUAAAUGGUCUUCAAAAGCUUAUAGUCUUAGGGUCUGAAAUGUAAGGCUGGAUAUAACAGUAUAUAAUCACAUAUAUAUUUAUAUGUUAAAUUUCCAAAACCGCGCUAAUGUUUGAUCUAUGAAACAAUCAGGACCUACUUUGUCAUUGGUCGCUGACGCUGAAAACGUCUUUCUUGAAAACUUUCGUGGUGAUGUUACUGCAAUCCCAUAAAAACCAAAAUGACAGUUGAAGCCUUGAGCAACUUACUGGCAUUUGCAGUAUUCCUGUUUUUAAUCUCUGCAACCAAGUUGAUGACUGUACUGUUGAAUAUGCAUUUUGUUUCCUUUCUAGUAACUGCAGUGAAGACUGAACAAUAUAUGUUUUCAUAGUUAAUUCUUCAUGUACUUGGUUGAAAGUUUUCAAGGAAUAGUCCUUGGAUGCAAGUAAUUGUACUUGUAUAAAACAAGCAUUGUGUUCUGCAUACAUGUAUUGUUAAUGUCGUUAAAUUGUUUUUCAGGUACCUUGUUUUACUGCCUUUACCUAAAUGAAGCUUAAUUCCUCACUAGAGUUGAGCAGAGACCCGGAGUGCUCUGUUAUAUGUACUACAGAUAUGUAAUGGUGUGGAUGGUGCGCUAAACGCUCACCUUUUGUUGGGUUCGUAUAGCCCAUAGGCAGGUUGAGUGUUCCGAGGUCUGGGUGGAAACAAACCAGUCACCUGACUGCUCUGCAUGAUAAACCGGGCCACCUGUCCUCUAUACGCAAACUUAAGGCCUCGUCUCCUGUAGGUCAUUUCUUUUGAAGCUCUUGACUUUGUGACUGGGUGGAGCAAAUAUGCCACAUUGUUUGUCUUUCAGAGCUCGAUCGUAGCUAAAGUGUACCAUUUAACAUACUUGAGGUUCGUAACAUUAUUCCGAGUCCCUUAAGAGCAAUAAUAAAGGUACAUUGGGAGUUACAUGAAAGAAUUUUCUAUAAAGGUGUUUGUCAUUUGUUUUUUAUCUGCUGUGUUGCAUUAGGCACUGUUUGUUUUUAGCACAGUACUUUUCAAAAAGCCACAAAACAGACCAUUUUUGAUAACUGUACACACAGAUAUAAGAUUUUCUUUAAUCCUUUAGGCUAAAUUGCGUUCAAAUUCACCAAUGUUAGUGUUGUAUAAGAAAUGGCUGAAUAUGAUGUGAACAGAUUUUAAUAUGUAAGAUUUUUCAUGCACUUGGUACAGUAAAAGUUGGCUGUUUAUAUGAUUCCAAGGAUGUGUGUCAAUUCCCAAAGAGUGACUCAGUCAGAGAGGAAGUACCAUUUGCCAUGUGAAUGAGGGAACUUGUUUGUUUAAAUUAAACAAACGGGUCCACUAAUUUCAUUGGACAUGAGGAGAAAGCUUUAUUGGUCAGUCUUCCAAGCCUUUUUCAGGUGUCCUGGCUCACUACACCUGAUUGUGGGGAUUUAUUGGAUGACAUACUUACAAAUCAAUGUGACGCUUGUGUGCGCUUUCAUCUGUCAAACGUGACCAAAUUCUCAAACGUUAACCUGAUCCACACUCAUUUAUUCCUGUAUUGGUUCCAUCUCUGCCUUUCAAAGAAAGUCAUAAUUUAUUUUUAAUAUUAUUGUCACUUCCAUUCAUUGGUCUGUUUAUAAAGAAAUGUAUUUUAUGCGAACCGUUAUUUUAGGCUGCGGCAUUGUAGUUUGAAUGAAUAUGUGAUGUUAAGAUAAUAUAAAUAAAAUUACUGCAAUGGGG